AUGGACAAGAAGCACUUAUUGUUUCGGAUAUUCACCACUUCUGUCACUCUCUCAAUAAUUAUUUACCUCAAGAGACCAUUAGCACAGGAUUUUCACAAGACCUUUGUACGACAUAGGUCUAACUCUACAAUUCUACUUUGGCAUUGGCCUUAUGGAAAGCCAUACCACCUGAAUGGAGAUCUCUGUCUGAAACACUAUGGCAUCCACGGAUGUCUCUUGACAGACAACCGUGCCUUCUUUCCUCAGGCAGACUUGGUGGUCUUCCAUCACCACGAGCUGCAGUCCGGUCAGCAGAUGUUGCCGUUACACCUCGCCCGACCACGUUGUCAGAAGUGGGUCUGGCUCUCCUUGGAGAACCCAGACAACAGUGGAAUCCAAGGAAGGCCAGGCAGACACCACUUCAACUUUGUCAUGACUUACCGUCAAGAUGCAGACAUUACCAUUCCCUAUGGAAAAUUGGUACCCAGAAAAACAAAGAAUUCCAGCACAACUGACAAUUUCGUACCAAAAAACAAAACGUCCCUGGCUUGUUGGGUUGUAAGCAAUUAUCAAAAGCAACACAAGAGGACAGUUGUGUAUGAGAAGCUUAAAAAUAUAAUUCACGUGGAUGUGCAUGGAGCUGCAGCCAAUAAACUUUUAGAUAGAGACCGUCUGUUACCCGCGAUAUCUCGCUGUUACUUUUAUCUGUCCUUUGAAAACUCCAUAUCCACAGACUACAUCACAGAGAAGUUUUGGUACAAUGGUCUCAUGGGAGGGUCCGUGCCGGUAGUUUUAGGUCCACCCCGAGACCAGUACGAGAAUGUGGCGCCGGGAGAUUCCUUCAUCCACGUGGACGACUUCAGAUCUGUAGAGGAGCUCGGGGAGUUCCUGAAGAAGCUUGCUGACAAUAAGGAAGAAUAUUCAAAAUACUUUGCCUGGAAAAAGCAAUACAGUGUCAAACUGUACAGGGACUGGCGGGAGAGACUCUGUGCAAUUUGCCCCAAGCUCAACUCUUUACACAGUAAAUGA